GGGAGGGAGAGAGAGGGAGAGAGAGAGAGAGAGCGAGAGGUGAGCGCGGCACACACGUUGCACUAUCAACUGAAUCCAUCUAAGAAAACAACUCGCAGAGAGUCCGGGUUCUGCGCUGCGCAGGCACUGAAGGCAAGUUUGAGCCUCCCUCCCUCCUCCACCUCCUCCUCCUCCUCCUCCACCACCACCUCCUCCUCCUCCUCUUCUUUCCCCAGUGAAACUGCGCACCGGACGGACGCAGCUGGCCGUCAUGGCCCGUGGUGGCGGAUCGGGCGGCGGACACUUCGGAGAGCGGAGACGGGGAGACGCGUCCUCUGCUGCUGCUGCUGCCGGUGCCGCCGCCGCCGCGGCUCUUUCCGCUCUUUACGCGCUGAGUUAAAGCGGAGGAGGCACCUUGGAGCGGGCAGGGAGACGUUUUAUGCACACGGUUAUUUAAGCAGAGAGGGAGAGAGAGAGAAAAAGUGCGGACGGAUCCGGAGCCACGACCCCGGUGCGGGAGAGAUUUGCUGGCACCCAUGCGGGGGAAUACGCCGUUCCGUGGACCCGCCGGGUUUACGCAGCUGAUCGGAACCGACUCGCACCGGCGCCGCCGAGCAGACCUUUACGCACGGGCACACAGCGGGACCGCAUGAAGGACAGAGGCUUACAGAAAGGGGAAAAGUUGAAUGCGGUUGCGGGGUUUGCGAUGGAGAAAGGCUCGCCUCAGGUCUGUGGAUCCAAAUGUCACCCCCCUCGGACUCUGCCCCGGUCGGGGACCAGCAGUGUGUGACGGACAGGCGAGCGGAGCCAGCGGUGGCUCUCUACAGCGUGGCUUCAAAUUGGCCCUGGCUGGGCUCUGCGUGGAGCAGCGAAUGAAGAGUCCUGCUCUGGUCUGAUGUCUCAGCAUGGAUGGAGUCAGUCCGAGGACCGGCCGCCACUAAUGAGACCAUCGCUCUUCAGCUGAGGACGAGCAUUUACAGGAUUACUCCCACGGUUUCCUGCUCUUUUCCCAGCUAACUGCAUCAUUACCCAAACUCUCCUAGGUGGACUUUUCGUGGCUCUGGCUUUUGGUGGAUAUAUAUACGUCAUUGCCUUUCAGAUUUUUGAUUUUUUUCUUUUUUCUUUUUUUUUUUUUUUUUUUUUCAAAUUGUUGGUUUCCCUUUUCCUGUUUUGGUUUUCCAUUAUGGAGUUUCUGGCUGGACCCUGGAAUAAAGAUUGGGCUUCUUUCUUGCAGUUUUGGUUGACUGUCAUCCUGAGCCUCCAGAUGCAGUUCAGCCCGGGCGCCUCGUGCCCGGACGAGUGUCGUUGCGACAAAGGGUUUGUGUACUGCAACGAGCGCAGCCUGACAUCAGUGCCUCUGGGGAUACAGGAGGGCUACAAGGUUCUCUACCUGCACAACAACCAGAUCAACAAUGCCGGCUUCCCUGUGGAACUUCACAAUCUGGAGUCCGUGGAGACGGUGUAUCUCUACGGCAACCAGCUGGACGAGUUCCCUGUUAAUCUGCCCAAAAACACCCGGGUCCUGCACCUCCAGGAGAACAAUAUCCAAACGAUCUCCAGGGCGGCCCUGGCUCAGCUCACUAAGCUCGAGGAGCUGCACCUUGACGAUAACUCCAUCUCCACUGUGGGGGUGGAAGAAGGGGCCUUCAGGGAGGCGCUGAGCCUCAAACUCCUCUUCCUCACCAAGAACCACUUAAGCAGCGUUCCCAUCGGCCUCCCCGAGGACCUGAAGGAGCUGCGGCUGGACGAGAACCGCAUUGCCGUCAUUGCGGAGGAAGCCUUCCAGAAUGUGACACGCCUACAGCGCCUCCUGCUGGACGGGAACCUGCUCACGGACGAGGGCAUCGCGCCGGGGACCUUUCAGGAACUGGCCACCCUCCGAGAGCUGGCCCUGGCCCGCAAUUCUCUGACCUUCCCCCCUCCCCUCCUCCCCAGCCAGUCGCUGGUCAAACUCAGCCUGCAGGAGAACCAGAUCGACCAGAUACCUGUGGCGGCCUUCGCCGACCUGAACAGGCUGGAGAAGCUGGAUAUCUCCACCAACCAGCUGCAGACUCUGACGCAGGGCGUGUUCGACGGCCUGUCCAGCUUGAAGCACCUCAUCGUGCGAAACAACCCCUGGCGCUGCGACUGCGCGGUGAAGUGGGUGGUGGUGUGGCUGCAGUCCCUGCCCUCCUCCAUCAACGCCCGGGGGUUCGUGUGUUCGAGUCCGGAGAAGGUGCGUGGCAUGACAAUCAGAGAGCUCACGCUGGAUGUUAUCGAGUGUCCCGUUUAUCCCGACCAGCCGCCUUGGCCCACCCUUCGCUCCACGCCCCCUCCCCCGCCCACCACCACCGCCAUCACCACCAUGAUUUCCACCCUCAUCACCACAUCUGCCCCUUACUACUUUGAUUCCCCCUCUCCCCCUCUACCACCGAUCCAUAACAACCCCCCUGGGCCCCUGCCCCCCUACGAGGACCCCCUCCAGAUCUCCUUUCAUGUGGUCAACUCCACCAACAUCGAAGUGAGCUGGGCUUCCUAUUUCACCGUCACAGCCUACAAGGUCACUUGGGUCAAAAGGGGCCAAAGCCAAAUAAACGAAGGAAUGCGGGAAAGGACGGUCAGCGGGGACCGGCGGCAGAUCAGCCUCACCAACCUGGAUCCCCGCUCCGUGUACCGGAUCUGCGUGCACGUCCUGGACACCCUGAACUCCUACAGGCCCGGGGAGGAUACUAUAUGCUCCGAAGCCCGGACCAAGGCGCCUGCCUCGACCAAGCCUCCGGGCAGAGAGCAAGCGCCUCAGGACAGCAUCAACUCCACGCUGCUGAUGGCCGGGAUCAUAGGCGGCGCGGUCCUCAUCGUCCUGGUGACGCUGCUCGGCCUGUUCUGCUGGCACGUGCACAGGAAGAGCCGGUCGUCCUCGACCAAGUGGAAAUACAACCGUGGCAGGAGAAAAGACGACUACUGCGAGGCCGGCACCAAGAAGGAUAACUCCAUUCUGGAGAUGACUGAGACCAGUUUCCAGAUUGUGGCGCUGAACAAUGAGCAGCUGCUCAAAGGAGAUUUCCGCAUUCAGCCCAUCUACACGCCCAACGGGGGCAUCGGAUUUAGAGACUGUCACCUCAGUAACAACAGCAUAGCCUACUGCAAGAGCAGCAAUGUGCCCAGUACAGAAUUCUGCCACACGUGAUGCAGCAGCACACAGUACAGUGGCACACACACUCACACACACACACACACACACACUUAUACACUCACUCACACACACACACACACACACACACACACACACACACACACACACACACACACACACACACGUACAUUGUUUGUGUAGACAACAAAAAAAUAUAAAAAUUCUAGUGAAAUAUAACUGUACUAUAUAUAUUUCCAAGUUCUGUCUACGAUGUAAUUUAUACUGUGGAUAAUAAUGUGGGAUUCUCUGCUAUCUUUUUUAUUCCUAGAAAAGAGAUACAAGUGAUUCUUUUUUUAUAACCAGCAGGGUUUUGAAAGUUGUUUUAAUGGUCAGUACUGUACAUGAACAUGGAUUUGUACAAUCACGGCACCCUGGGUGUAGCUUCUGACAAAAAACGCUGUCAGCCUUUUGGAAACGUUGGGGGCGCUUUAGAGGGCUGGGAUCCUUUGCUAACCACAGAAGCAAAAAUACGGGCUUUUUUUUUUUUUCACGCUUUGAAACCCUGCACACCCUCCCCUCCCCGGUACAACAGAACAGCGGUAAAAGACAACACAGCACCGGGGAAAUCCAAACACUGCUGAUUAGAGCGCUGUGGAAAUACAGCACUGGUUCAGCGGUGGCGUGUUGUAAAGGAGAAAAAAAAGAAAAGAAUCGAAGUGCACUUUUUUAAUAAUGGUAGCAGAGGCAGGAAAUGAGCAGAGGUGGUGAUCGCAUGUGAGAGACUGUGGAUGUUGUGCGGGGAGAAUGUCUGCGGCGCUGUUGAAAUUUCCCAAAAGAGCCCUACCACUAAAAGCAUCUUUGUUCUUGUUCGUCUGCAGCGGAACGGAGGUGGGAUUAGUCAAAGGACGCUUUAGCAAGAGUCUGAAAAGGGAUGUGCCUUUUUUCAGAAAAUACAAUUAUGAACAUAGGCUAAAAAGCAACAAAGGAUUAAUGUCUCUAAUGAGGUGCAUGGAUGUGCUGAGACCUCCUUUUGAAGAAAGGCCCUGAUUUGUUCCAGUUCCCUUUGACUCGUGAGUCCACAAGGGGGCAGAUUCCCUCAGUGUGGCGCCGGAGCCAGGGCAGAGAGAUCACUUUACCUCCACCAGUCCCCCGGAGCCCAUUACCCAGACUGCAUUACUCAUGCUCAAACAGCAUUGUGUAGAGUAUUCUUGCUCAUUGAGCUACUUAAUGAUGUGGAAUCAUUUAAAACUAACAGUGCUUUCUGUGUUUGGUGGCUAAAUGAUAUGGAUUUUCACCACUGUGGUCUAUUAUGGGAUGGGAUGUGUGUGUGUGUGUAUGUGUGUGUGUGUGUGUGUGUGUGUGUGUAAGGAGAGCUUGAUGAAUUCUGAGAUGGUUCACAUAUAAUGCUAAUUAUACACCCACUUAUUUCAACCUUGUCGCUGCAUUCAUUAGACUGUAUGAUGAAUUAGGAAAUUACACGAACGAGACCACACACUCCGCCCGUGAUCCCGCGCCGCGCCGCGUCUGGCUGCUCGUCGUUCAUCCUUUUGUCCGGGGCCUGUUUCUCUCACGGUCGUCUCACCUGAACAAUGCACCUGUCUGGAGGUGACCCCCCCCCCCCCCCCCCCCCCCCCCCCCCCCCGCUGUGAGGAUCUGGGUCGAAGCCGUUUCCCCUCCAGCUGGCCCGCCGGCCGCCGUGGCGGCUCUGUGACAGAGAGGUCUUCAUUAUGCACGCCUUCAGAAGACUUGACUUGAUUUGACGAGAUGUGAUUGGAAUUGGAGGGGGCAAGCGUAAAGAAUCUCCCCUGCCUCGCUUCCCUCCCCUUUCUCAUAAUCCCCAACCAAAAAAGGGAGAAAACUAUGUAGCCCUUAUUUUCACUUGGCUGCAUGAAGCUUUCGUCGUCUGGAGGGUUUUUUUUUUUUUUCUUUCUUUUUAACUGGAGCUGCUCUGACUUAUAGUACCCGGCGGAGAACAGAGGCAAGCCAGGCCAAAUGUUUCGAGGAGAAUAGUUUUUCAAGGGCUCGUACUUAUCGUGUUAUCGUCGAGAUUAUCUCUAAGAGGAUUUACCUCAGCAGUCAGAGUAUCUCAAAAGUAGCUGCACUUAAUGUAAUUCCAGCAAUAGCUCUGAUCAUGAUCGCAUGGACUCGAGUUUGAGACGUCCUCAAGUGCUUGGAGCCUGUUCAGGCGUCGCAGAAACACAUCAGAUGAAAUCCAUCGCCUGUCUAAACAAGCCGUUUGGUUUGGUGUCGCGUCCCGAGGUCUUGUCUUCAUAAAGACUGCUGAUAGGUUUCGGAAUGUUUGACUUUUCUUUCUGGUUCAGAUUUAGGGACCAAGAUCCUGAACUAGAUCACCACCAUCUCGGUCCAGAUCAGUUUUAGUUCAUAAGUGUCUUUGUUCUGAUGAUGGGGGAAGAUUUUCCACCACAAAUGUAUAUUUCCAGUAUUUACUUUAAUGUCCACAAUAUUUAAAAGAAAAUGAAAUUAUCCUCCAGGAAUUUAUGAAAACUACAGUUUCUAAAUGUGAAGUUUAAGAGAUUAAUGAUUCUCUAGAUCGGGGGUGUUGAACUCAUUCUAGUUAAGAGGCCUAAUCUGAAUCCUAAUUUCAUCUGGACUUGACUGGCUGGUUAGGUUUAAAGUUAAUUAUGGCACUUUUUCAAUUUUAAGGUUGUUGUGGCACAAAGCAUAUGUGAUGAAAAUAUCUAAAUUUUUAUAAAACCAAGCAAUUUUUAUUGCAAAUUUCUACAAUCUCAACAUAAAUUCAAUUUGUAAUGAAACAUUUGAGGAAAAAUACAGCAAAAUGUCUAUUAUAAAGAGAAAAAUUCUAUAGCAGUUGCAUGUUCAGUGUUUUUACAAACUCCCAAAAACAGAAUGACUGUGAGCCUGGUUUGCUAGCAAUAGCACAGCUAGCUUGUGUGGCAGCAUCACUGAUGGCUCAGAUUUCAGUGUUUUGUUGAGUCCUCAGAAAUUUGUAGUUAAAAAAAAAAACAAACAAACAAAAUCAAUCUUUUCUUUGAAAUGUUUACAGGUGGUUUGUUGGGCCGGAUUGGAGUUUUAGCCCACAGGCCUCAUGUUUGACACCCCUGUUCUUCAGACUGUAUUUGAUUCAAAGACGUUAGCUUCCUAUAAAAUCUGAAAACCGCUCUUGGUUCUUGUCUGUCACAUAGAUUUGGGACUUCAGUCGCCUCCCAAACCUCAUGGUUUUCUCAGAAUAUGUGAUCAGUGUUAUUAGAUCAUCUGUCGUUCAUGUUUCGAUUAAAUCCCUCCAGGUUUAUACGCUAAAUAACUAAAAACACAAUGAACUGAGCAUCUUAUGCUACGUGGUAUUUUCAGUACACAGCAGUAUUUAAAUACUACAAUAUAUGAAUGUAUUUUAUUUGCAGAGUAGAAUCAGCCGUUCGCCAGUCCCUCUAUCCUCAAGCCAAGAUUUAAUCUUUGCCAUGUUAUAAAAUAUUAACGUUGAUAGCUGUUGAGAUCCACAGGUAAUAAGGAGCAUACUUCACCUGCUACUUUGAGUCUUUAGUGUUUAUAUAAAUAUACUGCUACACGUGCACUUUAAGUAUGUUGUACAAUUUGCAUUCGUCAGCCACAACAAAUUCAGUAUUAAUAAUUUAGUUUUAAAUCAAAUUAGUUUCAAGAUUCGUUGCCCUCUUGACACUUUGAUAAUCAGUAAUGUUGUUAAACAUAUUGUUAAAAUCCAGUUGAGCUUCUUUUUCUACAUUUUCUCGGCCAUGUCGACCAAGGCCACUAGAGGGCAGCCAGGAUCAAAUAUCCUGUUGGACUCGACGAUACCUGUAUUUUUGUGACCGACGAGAACCGACAGCUUCUGUGAGCGGAAACCAAAAGAUGCUUAAAGAGCAUCAGAGUAGCUGUUUGAGCUGUUUCAGCUUCAGAUGUCAGAACGGGAACAUGCGAUUUGUCACAGACCAAGCUCCAUUUCUCUGCUUGUUUCCAGCUGAGUGAGACCAGUUUUGGGUUAAAUGAGCUUAAAUUCUUAAGGAAGUCAUUUUCUUCUUUUUGGGUUUUAUGAAUACACGGAACUUCUGUGGUUACCAAAGCAUCUCCACUUUUUAUUUCAAACCUUUUUCUACUAAUAUCCACAUAUCAGCUCACCCAACGCACGCUGUCCAUGGAGACGUGGCGGCCUGUCGCCCGGACCGACCCCGCCGUCGGCCCGCGGCGUGCGGCCCGCUCGCACGCUGCACCGGCUGACCACCAGAACACGUCCACCCGAUCCUCUUCCUUUUCUGUUUGAGACCGAAGCCCUAAUUUCGAGUCGGGUCCCCCGUCUGUGAAUGUGUACCGGAGACAGAUAUUUGCCUUACCAUUUAUGCAGGACUGAAUGAUUAGCCGGGGAGGGACGGGAGGCCGGGGAGGAGGGAGCGGAAGAGAUGAGACGGAAAGCACAGUUUUCUUUUCUCUUUUCAACAAUAGGAGCGCUAACAAGAGGAGGGCGGCUCGGCGCGGUACCUAACGAGCGGGAAUGAAGCCGUUCGGACUGGGAAGGAGCUUCCCUGCUUGUUUUUGCAGCAAACAUUACUCUUAAUUUUUGCUGAGAGUGAGCGGCGGCGGCGGCGCGACCGAGGGAAUUAACACGCAACGUAAUGCAAACUGCAGGAGUGGGUUUAUUACCGAUCCGGGGGAGGGGGGGCCGAGAAGCUCAUCGAUUUCACUUGGGAAAUAAUCGUGUUAAAGCAGUCGACAUGAAAAGAGUCACGUUUUCAUGUUGCAGGCAAACUUUCUGCUGCAGACAUCCUAUUAGCCAGUGAUAUUCAUUGAAGAAUAUUUGCAUGUACUGUAUUAAGCUUCAUAGCCUUUCAUUUUUCUUUUUCUUUUUUUUUUUUUUUCUCUCUCAUACCAAGGUUUGGACUUUGUUUUGUCUUUUCGUUUCCGAGCAAUCACCCAGAAGGUGGUUGAGCUGCAGCGUGAGCGACCAUCCAGAGGUUUGUCUUCAUGUGGUUUUUAGAAGAAGUAGGCUGGAAAUUUACAGUGCAUGUAAAAUGGCUAUGUUGGGAUACUCUGGCCAUCCUGGCUUCUGGCUUCUCAUGGAGACACUGCAGUGUUGCGUUAGCCAUCCACACCCAGACGUUUUCUUAGGAACCAAAGUUGAAAUUUUCUGUUCUCAUGAUGAAAUAUUGAUGUUGUUCCAUGUAUGUGCCUUGAGGUUGAACUUACAAUGUAAAGUCCUUGAAACCUUUAAAUGUUUUUGCACAAACUGUAAAUACUUAAGUGAAGCUUUUUGAAAAUAAAAGAGCCAUUGGAUUUGA